AUGAUUUCAGACGACGAUCUCUACCGUCUCGCCAUCUUCCUUGGAUCGUGCGCUAUGAUGAUGAUAGUACUCUACCAUUUCCUCGAAGUCAAUGCGAAGGACGAUACCGUUGAAGGCGAACUCUCCGGUGUAAAGAAAUCGGUCGAACGUUCUACUACAGCCGGUGUAACGCCGGCACCGGCUGCCGCGGCCGUGGGGGGCACAUCAGCAAUUGGAGGUGGGAAGGACCGAUAG